CUAUCAUUACACAUCUAUAAAAAUAUAGUGAGAGAUAAAGAGAGAAAGAGACUUAUAAUUAACAAUGGAAAGAGAAGACAUUAAUCGUAUGUUAAACCUAGAUGUCGAAAACAACAACACCUUCUCUUCCUUUGUGGACAAAACUCUAACGAUGAUGCCUCCAUUAACAUUUUCCGGCGAAGUAGAGCCUUCCUCUUCUUCUUCUUGGUAUCCAGAAAGCUUUCACGUGCAUGUGCCGCCACCAGCGCCUGAGAAUGAUCAAAUUGGAGAGAAAGGGAAGAAUAAAGAGAAAGAGAAGAGAUCGAGGAAAGUUCCAAGGAUUGCUUUUCAUACGAGGAGUGAUGAUGAUGUUCUUGAUGAUGGUUAUCGUUGGCGAAAGUACGGCCAGAAAUCUGUCAAGAACAAUGCUCAUCCCAGAAUCGACCAAAAACUAUCAUGGCUAAAGAAAAGAUUAGUUAGCUUAACAACCGGCAGGUCUGGCUCGAUCGACGAUCUUGUUUGUGUUUAACGUUACACGAUAUAUACAUAUAGAAAAUAUACUUUUUAGUUGCAAAAUUACAAUAAUUUCUAGCUAGGCUGAAGAAAACAGUUAUUAAAUCAACCUCUUGCUAAACCUAUACUCUUGUUAUUUUGGAAUUUUAUGAUGUGAUCAUAUAUUAAAAGAAAGGGUUUCUUUGUAACAUGAUUAUUAUCCUAUAGUUACUAUGUAAAAUAUAUAAUUUCACAA